AUGAAGAACGACAUCUUCUUCUCCACCAUCUUCCUUCUCUCCCUACUCUUCCUCUCUGCCACCAUGAACGAGGCAGCUGUCCCAUGCAGCACUGUGGACAUGAGAGCAGCGGCCUGCGUAGGGUUUGCCACAGGCAAGGACGCAAAGCCAACUCCUACAUGCUGCUCUGGGCUGCAGCAGCUCGCUCAGACAGUCAAGACUGUGGAUGAUAAGAAGGCGAUUUGCCGCUGCUUGAAGGCCGGAGCCAAGUCUCUCGGCGUUCAAGAUAAGUUCUUGAGCCAGAUUCCACAGGCUUGCAACAUCAAAGUUGGCUUCCCGGUUUCUAUCUCCACCAACUGUGACACGUGA